AUGAGAUUAAUUCUUGCCAUUUUAGUAAUCAUACUAGUUUCAAUCAACGUUGCCUCCUCGUGGUCAUGUGCUGAUUCAGAUAUGACAUUCCCACCCGGUGUAACAAUCAAGUGUUCCGACUCAUCAUGUGCUACUGAUGAACAAUCUUUGACUGUUAGUUUCUGUUCAUCCAAAUACUAUUGUGACCAAACUACAUUUGAUUGCAUUGAAAAAUCUGAUCAAGGUGGACCAUGUAGUGAUGACAACGAAUGUUUAACUGGAUACGAAUGUGUAGACAGUACUUGUGGUGCUUAUAACUAUGCUCAAUCAGGUGAAACAUGUUCAAACACUAACCAAUGUAUUGAAGGACUUGAAUGUACAUCAGGUGCAUGCACCCUUGGAACAAACGGAUGUACUGAUAACGACCAAUGUGCAUAUGGUAAAUACUGUAACACUACCUCACAAGACUGUUUCGACCGUAUUUCCGACCAACAACCAUGUAUUAUUGGUUUGGAUGAAAAGCCAUGUGGAUCUUAUUCUAAGUGUGUUCCAACUGUUUUGGGAAGCAAUUCUUCAAUUUGCGUACCAUACUUUUCACUCGGAGAAACAAAGGCAUGUGGAGACGAAGCUACCGAUGAAACCAAUGCUUGUGAUAUCUCCAAGGGUCUCGACUGUUUCAGUGGCACUUGUCAACUCUUAUCGGCCAAUGGUUACAAUCAAACUCAAUUUAGCGGUAAUUGCAAUGACCCCAAUCUCGCAUUAGACCCAUGCAAUGAAAAUUCUCAAUGUACUUGUAUCCAAAGUGAUAGAGGUGUUUGCAUUUCCCAAGUCGCAUCAUCUGUUGACGAAAUCCGUACCUGUGGAGCUGUCAGCAUGAGAAUGACUGCUUGUGCCGUCGAACACAAGUGUAAUGAACAAGCUGGUCAAUCAGUCAAGAAUUGUUUCUGGCAACACUGUGGUGAAGAGUUUUGUGGCUCCCUUGCCGAUUGUGCUCCCAUCUACAAGGAGCUCACCAGUGAACUUGUAUGUGUUAUAGAGGGUCUCCUCCCAUUACCAUGCUCUACUUUGGGUUACUCUAUUGGUGCUGCCGGUUCUUCAAUCUCCCUCAUUUCACUCUCUUCAGUAUUGAUGAUUUCAUUUGUUUCCCUUUUAUUCUAA